CUGGCAUGUUGUGACAGAAUCGCACAAUGACAUAAGAAUAAUUCAAUCCUGGAAAUGCCUAAACAGCAAACUAGAGAAGCAAAUGGAAGCAAAUGUGAGAGCUGGCCUGGCCGGAGAGAGAGAGAGCUAGAACUCUGACUCUCCCAUCUACAAAGAAAGCUUCUCGAUAGGGCAUGGAAUAGAGGACACAGAAAAUGUCAGCAAGACUUCUAAGAACAGUCCUCAUCUCGCUCAUCCUCGGUUUCUUUGGGGUUUUGGGAGCCACAACAAUAUCAUGCCGAAAUGAAGACGGUGACACUGUGGAUUGGUUUGCCUUUUACAAGUUACCCAAAAGGCAAGAUAAGAAAAGUAGAGACACUGGGUUAGAAUACCUAUACCUAGACUCUACAACUAGAGGCUGGAGGAGGAGCAAGCAACUAAUAAAUACUACCAAGAGUGUUUUGGGAAGGACCUUACAGCAGCUGUAUGAAGCACAUGCCUCCCAGGAUAACAGCACUGCCUAUCUCAUGUACAAUGAUGGUGUCCCUAACGCUGAGUACUACAGCACAAAACAUGGACACACCAAAGGCUUACUGCUGUGGAACGAAGUCCAAGGAUUCUGGUUGAUCCAUUCUAUUCCCAGGUUUCCUCCACUUCCUGCAGAAGGCUAUGAUUAUCCACACACCGGGAGACGAAAUGGACAAACUGGCAUUUGUGUAACUUUCAAGUACAGCCAGUAUAAUGCAAUAGAUUCUCAGCUCUUGAUCUACAACCCAAACAUAUACAGCUGUUUCAUCCCAGCCACAUUUCACCAGGAGCUUGUUUACAUGCCCCAGCUAUGUGCAGGGUCCAGAUCACUGAAGAUCCCUUCCCAGCAGCUCACCACUCUUCGAUCAGCCCGGGGACAAAGAUUUCUCCACUUUGCAAAGCCUGCUUCUUAUCACGAUGAUAUCUUUGCAGCUUGGAUGGCUCAACAAUUGAAGACACAUUUGCUAACAGAAACUUGGCAACGAAAGAGACAAGAGCUUCCUUCAAACUGCUCUCUUCCGUACCACGUCUACAAUGUCAAAGCAAUCAAGAUAUCUGGACAAUCUUAUUUCAGUUCUUAUCAGGAUCAUGCUAAGUGGUGUGUUUCCAAAAAGGGUGCCAAAAAUCAAUGGACAUGUAUUGGAGACUUAAAUAGGAGUCCAUACCAAGCUUUCAGAAGUGGAGGGUUCAUUUGUACACAGAAUCAGCAUAUAUACAAAGCAUAUCAAGGAUUAGUUUUACGUUAUGACAACUGUAACUAAACUUGGUGAAAGUAUAUAUGUAGUAUUCUUUUCAACAUUGAUGAUUGGCCUUCUUUUAAUAGAUUCAUUCUUAAUAUAUAUAAAAUCUUUGAAUGUUCAUACAGUUCACAUAUUAUAAAAAGAAAUAUUUUUCUCCCAUAUUUACAAUUUUUUCCCAUUAGUGAUUUCUCUACUUCA